AUGACUUAUUUGACUUAUUGUUCUAUUGCUUCAGUCUUGGACAACCUCGAGAAAUUGUUCGGUAGAUUAACGAAAUUUGAGGACUUAUAUGCAGACUUUGCGGAGAUUUAUGAUGAGGAGCUGAAAGUUGUGAUGAUUCUGAAGCUGGAAUUAAAACUUGUAAGAACUUUUCUUCUGUGUGCAAGAAAAUGGAGCUUCGACGGGUGGAAGCAUGGAAGCCUUGAAGCUUUCUUAUCCAGCCUUGAACGUGAACUUAUUGUUCUAAACAACUAUGAGGCCUUCUACGCUCUAACGGAGGAUGAUCUCCCCUACGAAUAUGAUAUGAUCGAGGACCUCGAGGUAUUGUCUAAAUUUCGGGCCAUCUUAAGAACUUUUGAGGUAGAAUUCAGCGAAUUGUACAUGAGCUUGUUGGAUUUUGUAUUGCUAUCGAAUUCUUCUAUGGUGGAUGAUGUACUUCUGGAAUUCAUUGACUCCCUGCUAGAGAAUCUGGGGGAUGUUUUAGGACCCAAGGAACCCCUCAAAGAGAAGUUAAACUUCCUGAAGGAUUUGAUUCUCUUUGUAACGUGGGAAGGUGUUGAGCAUAGUCUGUGGAAAGAUCUGUUGGCCCGCUUCCAAUUUGUGGCUGUCCAGGCAGCCCAUCUGUCUUACAUGUGUUGGUUUGACAGCUAUGAUGAAGUGUUUAUUGAAAUUCAAUUUCUGAUUUCUGAACUACUACAGAUGAUCAGGCCUGUUAAUCCUGAAUUUAGCAAGACUUGUGCCCGGGUCUUAAGAGCUGCAAAAUUAACAGGAUUAUUGCACAGUCUGGAUUUUGAGACAGAUAUGGGUAUAGUUGGGAACUUUGCUGAUUCCCUGCUGGAUAUGUUGUGGGAGGUUCUAAACUGUGGUACCAGCUUUGCGGUUGCAAAGCGAGACCAGAUGCAAAUGCUCAAUGAUGGACUCAGAUUCUUGAGAGCCAUUCUCAAAAUGCAGCAGGAAAAGUUCAAUCUGCUACACCAAAAAAUGAAGGAUCUUGUAGGAGCUAGUGUCAAUGAUGCAGGAAUCCUGAUUUAUUCGCUUUUCACAAAGAGAAUAGAAGGAGAUCUACUGAAGGAUCUGGAUCUUGCAUUUCUUGAUUUUCUCGAGAAGAUUAAGCUUAUCAAGAUAGUAACAUCAACAUUUGACUCCCCAGGGACCAAUGGGCUUGGCUUUAUAAAGUUUCUUCUAGACAAUCUGACUGAGCUGGCAAGGCUUGAUUUAGUUGCCCAUUCAAGGGAUCAAAUUCAGAUAGUUCAGAAAGAUUUUGUAAUCUUGGGAUCUGUUUUUGAGAAGAUUGAUGAGCAGCGCAACAAGAAUGAAAAGCUCACAGCUCUCUGGAGUCAUGCUAUUGAGGUGGCAAACAAGGUAAUGCUUUUAAUUAGCUCUUUUGAUCUUUCUCCUUUGUCCUUUGAUAGCAUCUCAGAAGAACUAUUGCAAAUUAAAACUCAAGCCAAAGAGAUUGGUGACAUGUAUGGCUCUGAAGCCAAGAAAGUUGCCAAGACUUCUAAUUAUGGCUCAUUACAAGCAAGAAUCCCAAGACUAAAUCAUGUUGUGGUAGGUUUCGAUGAUGAGACAAAAAGAAUAAUUAAUCAAGUCAAAUAUGGGUCGCAGAAAUUGGACGUUGUAUCCAUUGUCGGCAUGGCCGGACUCGGCAAGACAACUUUAGCCAAACGUGUGUACAACAAUCGUUCAAUUAGAAACAAUUUUCAUAUUUGGGCAUGGUGCAAUGUCUCUCAAGUAUAUCGCAAGAAAGAUUUAUUACUUGAGAUUUUGGGUUGUAUCUAUCCUGAGAAUUCUAAGCAAUAUUCUGAGAUGGAAGCAGAUGAUUUGACGCUGAAGCUCUACCAAUCCCUGAAGCUAAAUAAGUACUUCAUCGUCUUGGAUGAUGUAUGGGACAUAAAGGCAUGGCAUGGCUUGAAGGAAUCAUUCCCAGAUGAUUCAAAUAAAAGUAGAAUACUCAUAACAAGCCGACUGUAUGAAGUUGCUUCACAAGUUAAACAGCAUAGUGAACCUAACCAUCUACGCCACUUCACUGAUGAUGAGAGCUGGGAGUUGCUACAGAAGAUGCUCUUUCCCAAUGAAUCCUGUCCUCUUACAGUAGCCACAGUUGGGAUGCAGAUAGCAAAAAGCUGUUGUGGGCUACCUCUUGCAGUUGUCAUCAUAGCUGGAAUUCUUGCAACUACAGAACAAGAUGGUUGGAAAGAAUAUGCGGAAAGGCUAAGUACACGUAUUCUUAGCGCAUCAGAUCAAUGCAAGCAUAUGUUAGAGUUGAGCUAUAGGCACAUACCAGAUUACUUGAAGCCUUGCCUUCUUUACUUUGUAGCAUUUCUACAAGGCCUAGAAAUUCCAAUGCAAAAGUUGAUCUGGUUGUGGAUCGCUGAAGGACUCGUGCAACAAGUUGAGCACAAGGAACUAGAGGAGGUGGCAGAGGGCUACAUAAAUGAUCUAAUUGGCAGAAGCUUAGUCAUGGUUGCUAAGAAAACAUCUAUUGGUGGGAUUAAAACUUGUCGUGUACAUGAUUUGAUACAUGAGUUUUUGGCAACAAAAGGUAGAGUGGAGAAUUUUUUGCAGUUGCUGCAUGGCUAUGAUGGGCUUUAUACUUUUUGCGAGUCAUACAACACAAGAAGAUUGUGCAUAUACUCUAAGCAAGAGUAUUUUGAGAAGUCAAGGCUGUUUUGUCCCCAGAUACGUGGUCUAAUGUUCUUUCCUCAUGGUGAAGUGUACCCAAUACAACCCUGUGAUAGCUUCUUCAUUUUUAGAAUCUGCAAACUGCUAAAAGUGUUGGAUUUGGGAGAAGUUGUCUUUGGUGAACAUUUUCCCGCUGAAAUAGAGAUGCUUGUUGAGUUAAGGUACUUGGCCAUCAGAGGCAAGAUGCAAUCCAUCCCGUCAUCAAUAGCCAAGCUCUACAAUUUGAAAAUUUUUCUUGUGAAAGGAUUUAAAGUUACUAUUAUGUUGCCAGACACUAUCUGGAAUAUGACGAAUUUGAGGCAUAUAAGCGUGAAUUGGAGUAUGGGUAAAGUUAGUCUGGUGAAUGGCAUUCUUGAAAACAACUCUGUCCUAUAUAACUUGAGCAGUAUUUCCAAUAUAUUGCUUUAUCAUGGGCAGAGCAUGGAAAAGAUACUAAUGAAGUUCCCAAACAUCCGCAAGCUAAAAUUCCAUCUCUUUGUCUCAAAGGAUUGUGUUCCAUAUUGCAGUAGGAUAGUGAAAAUGGACCAUCUGAGUCGACUAGAAUCACUCAGUGUUACUCUUAUGUGGGCUCAAAAAUGUCGUCUUCAGUUUCACUUUCCAUCGAGUCUCAGAAAGUUGCAUCUCUUUUUCUUUUCGUGGAAUAUGAUUUCCAGAAUUUGGGAACUACCCAAUCUUGAGGUUCUGACAUUAUCGUCGGACAGCGCUGAUAAGGAGAGAACAUGGGAGAUACCAGUUGAAGUUGAAUUUCCCAACCUCAGAAUAUUACAUUUGCGUAGCUUGGGUAUCACCAGGUGGACAGGAUCAGGUGAUCAUUUUCCACGUCUUCAGAAAUUAAUAUUGCAGAGCUGUGGGAUGAAAGAAAUCCCUUCUUGUUUAGGGUCUACUUCAACUCUUGAAAAGAUUGAAGUUUGCGGGUGUUCACCCUCGGUUGAAAGGUUAGUACGGGAGAUUCAGGAAGAACAAGAUACUGAAGACCUGCAGAUUGAUAUCCUCACCUCCUAG